GUUCCCUCUCUGCCGAGUCUACUCACUACCCCAGUGCAAUGCUAAGACUGCAACGUUAGCACGCUAUUUUUUCUAUUUCCAUAACCCUUGAGUGGGUCUACCUGUCGUAUUUUUUUUACUUUCCUUUCUUUUCCUUUCUUAAGCAAACUGCAGCGGCUUUACGGACAUGCCUAACAUCGUGCUUUUUAGCGGGAGCUCCCACCACGACCUGUCCCAAAAAGUGGCUGAUCGGCUGGGACUAGAGCUGGGGAAAGAUACGAAAAAAUUCAGCAAUCAGGAGACGUGUGUGGAGAUCGGGGAAAGCGUGCGCGGCGAGGACGUGUACAUCGUGCAGAGCGGUUGUGGCGAAAUCAACGACAACCUGAUGGAGCUGCUCAUUAUGAUUAACGCCUGCAAGAUUGCCUCCUCGUCCCGCGUGACCGCAGUCAUCCCCUGCUUCCCCUACGCCCGGCAGGACAAAAAGGACAAGAGCCGAGCACCCAUAUCAGCCAAGCUGGUGGCAAACAUGCUGUCCGUGGCCGGCGCCGACCACAUCAUCACCAUGGACCUCCACGCCUCACAGAUCCAGGGCUUUUUCGACAUCGCUGUAGACAACCUUUACGCAGAGCCCGCUGUCCUGCAGUGGAUCAGAGAAAAUAUCCCAGAGUGGAAAAAUUGUAUCAUAGUGUCCCCGGAUGCCGGCGGAGCCAAACGUGUGACGUCCAUCGCAGACCGUCUGAACGUGGACUUUGCUCUCAUCCACAAAGAGAGGAAGAAGGCCAACGAAGUGGACCGCAUGGUGCUGGUGGGUGACGUCAAGGACCGCGUGGCCAUCAUGGUGGACGACAUGGCCGACACCUGUGGCACCAUCUGCCACGCCGCCGACAAGCUGAUUGAUGCUGGCGCAGUAAAGGUUUACGCCAUCCUCACACACGGCAUCUUCUCCGGUCCCGCCAUCUCUCGCAUUAACAGCGCCCCGUUCGAGGCUGUAGUGGUGACCAACACCAUCCCGCAGGAAGAGAAGAUGAAGGCGUGCCCCAAAAUACAGGUCAUCGACAUCUCCAUGAUCCUGGCGGAGGCGAUCAGGAGAACCCACAACGGCGAGUCAGUGUCCUACCUUUUCAGCCACGUUCCCUUGUAAAGAAGAAGAGAAGGUGGCCCCCGGCCUUCCUCCCCCCCCCCCCCCAUGGUUUUUGGCCAACCUCAAUAUGACUGUUUAAAUGUCACGGUCACACAUUGGUUGACAUUUUCACCCAGGAGACAGAGCGACAUAUCAUUUCCUUCUCUGAAGACCAUGUUUGUAUUUAUGGAUAUGUAUCUUUUUUUUUUUCUUUUCCAGUUUAGUCUUGCCGACCUUGAUCACCCAAGGCCUGGCCCCUUCAUUUCAACCAAAGGCUCCAUUAUGUAACGAUGAUUUAUUUGUACCUCAUAUUGAACUCUGAUUAAACGAAGCAUUCCACUGUCAUGUGAUGAGAAAUAUUUUGGCCCAUUCUGCUUCAUAAAGUCAUAAAAAAUAGUAAAGUAUGUGGUAUAAUGUUUGCUUUACAGCUGCUACUAACCCCUAAUGCUAUUUUGAUUGUAAAAGUUUAUGCUCAGUGCUAUCAUCAGGCCACGGUGUAAAGCUGCACCGCAAGUGGAAAUGUGUUGAUCUGACCACAGACGCAAACAGGAGUAGAAUUAAAGAACACGCUUAACUUAAUCACUUUUAUUUUUUUAUUGUUUUUUUUUAUUUUUUAGUGAGUAACAUGAAGGUACUGAUGCUCCUUCCCUCUGCACUGUCAUUUCUCCCACAAUAAGCUGCUGUCACCCAUUGGUGGCUCAUCUGUAUGACAACCUUUUUCUUUAGAAAUUGCUUAAAAUAACUAAAUGUAUUGACAAGGUCUGUUGUUGAUUAAAGGUGUAUUAUACAAGGCGUAGUUUUUUUUUUUACCCGUGUUCCAAAAGGUCAUGAAAUCGAGUUGAGCCCUAAGCUUGUUCUAGUGUUAUGAUUUCUACCGUAAUAUGUCUUAAGAUGGUGAUAAGUGACCGUCACAGCUGUAAUGGGUCACUUCUGUUUGAAUGAGACAGGGUUUACUGUUUGCCUGUAAGUUUUUGGUGGGAAAGCGGAAUUCCAUUUUUUUUUUUUUUUUUUUUUAUGUUAACCCUUGAGACCGGUUUCUUGGAUAAUAAAGCUUUGACAAUGGCUUACA